AUGUGUGUGCUGUGUGUCUUUCGGCCGCAGUAUCAACUGACCUAAAUACAUAUUGAAGAAAAUUUAUGUAAGAAACUAGUGUUUGCAAAAUGUCUCAUAUAGCCGUGGAAAGAAAUAGGAGAAGGCAGAUGAAUGAACACCUCAAGGUCUUGCGAUCUAUGACCCCAUGCUUCUACAUUAAAAAGGGUGAUCAAGCAUCGAUCAUAGGAGGUGUAAUAGAAUUCAUCAAAGAAAUGCAAGUAGUUUUACAGUCGUUGGAAUCCAAGAAAAGACGUAGAAGCAUAAGUCCUAGUCCCGGUCCAAGCCCAAAGCCGAUAACAAUACAACCCAGUACCCCACAAUCCGAAAGAUCUAUCAUUGUACAUGAAAGUAUCAAAGAACUUGGAGCGUCUAGCAACUCGCCAAUCGCUGAUGUUGAAGCAAAAAUGUCUGGGUCAAACGUUGUCUUGAGGACCGUAUCACGAAAAAUUCGAGGACAAGUUGUGAAGAUAAUCAAUUUAUUGGAAAACCUCUCUUUUGAGAUCCUGCAUCUAAAUAUCAGCAGCAUGGAGGACACAGUCCUUUAUUCCUUUGUCAUUAAGAUAGGACUGGAAUGUCAGCUUAGUGUUGAAGAACUUGCUGUUGAAGUGCAAAAGAGCUUUUCUCUUAAUCAUAUAGCUCCAUCUAUAAAAUGAAAUGCAUGUGCUAAAGUAUAAGAAUCAUUACAUGUGUUUUUCGCGUUCUUAAGUUCAUAUUGGUGAUCCUAUAGUACUGCUAAUGUCUGUUUCCAAGCAUAAGUUGUAAGAGAUCAUAUAACAUUUUGUAUAUCUAUC